AUGCUUGGCUAUUCUAACGUCGGUAUUCCCGAUAGAUCGUGGCAACCACCCGUUGCUGUUUUAGAGACAACAAUGGGCACGAUAAUAAUAGAAAUGUAUUGGAAACACGCUCCGAUAACGUGUAGAAACUUCAUGGAGUUGAUUCGAAGAGGUUAUUACAACAAUACGAAGUUUCACAGAAUCAUCAGAGACUUCAUGAUACAAGGUGGAGAUCCUACUGGCACAGGAAAAGGCGGACAGUCAAUAUACGGCCCCCAGUUCGACGAUGAAAUCUCACACGACUUGAAGCACUCAGGAGCUGGUAUAUUAUCAAUGGCAAAUGCUGGGCCCAACACCAAUGGCUCCCAGUUCUUUAUUACGUUAGCUCCGAUCCAGUGGUUAGAUGGAAAGCACACAAUCUUUGGUAGGAUCCAGAGUGGAAUGUCAGUAGUGAAACGGAUAGGGUUGGUUGAGUGUGAUAGAGAUGACUGUCCCGUAGAUGAUGUGAGAAUAGACAGAGCCUAUAUUCCUAAAUAA